AUGAAGUUCCAAUCAAUUAUUUUAUCUCUGACCGUCGUCGCGGCUUCCGUAAUUUAUGCUCAAGCUUGCACAGUUUUUUUGAAUGGUACUGCAUAUAGAAGUCAAACUGGCAACGUAGGAGGUGGAUGUUUUGGUUUGGGCGGCGAUAACAAUAUAACUGAUGUUACGACCAGUAAUCCUGGUACCAAGUACACCUUUUUCUCUGAUUACGGCUGCAAAGGAACAAAACUUGGUCAUGGCACUGAUAAAAAACAUUUCGAUCCGCCGGUAAAGAUGCCCAAAUCAAUCAAUAUAACAUGUCCAGAUUCAACAUAA